AUGAGUUCUUCCAACAACAUGACCCCCACCCCGGAAAAUGGAUAUCCUCAAAACAAGAAACAAACUUAUUCCGAGUGGGCCAAGGGUGCCUACAAUGACCAAUACGAGAAAUGGAUGCCCUGGAUCGAAGAUCAAUACCUGAAGUGGUUUGGAAGGGGUGAUAACAAAGCUUCUUAUGCGACGAAAGGUAAAUUAUUGAGUACAGUUGGUAACACUCAAGCAAAAGCUAAGACUAUUUCCAUAGAUACUCUCGCCAAGACAAAGGUCACGGGCAUAGACCAAGUUGACAAAAUUCAAGACGAUACAGCAAACCUUGUCGGAAAUCAGAUUGGCGACAAGGGACUGUUGAAACCAGUUGGACAAUUUGCCUCCAAGGAGGGUGUCAACAGGGCCGAGAGAAAUGGUAAGGAUGAAUCUGGUUCGUACAUGGGACCUGUUGCCGGUCUAUUCGAUAAAGGCAAAGAAGGUGCCAGCAGUGCAGGAUCAGGUCUGGCUCGAGGUGCCGAGUCUGUUCAGAACGCAAUAGGGAAUAUCCCUGGUGCCAAGAGUGUUCUACCUGGGAACAGCAAAUAG